CCAAAACAUACAAGCAACAUUGCUUACGAUUAAUCAAUACAAAUUUUUUUUAUUAUUUUUUUUUAUUUUUUUAUUAAUCUUGACAAAUUAUUAUGUGGUCUAAGGCACAAAUACAUAAUAGACUCGCACCCGCUUCGCCGGAGAUCAUCGAGAUUUACAGAAAUAAGGGUUUUGAGGAUACUUCCUUGGACACGGUACGUGCGGCUCGAUCUGUGACAGUAACGUCAGCUGGCGAACUAACGGUAAAGGACAUUGGCAUCCCAAGGGGCCGAGUCGUAAGAGCUGAGCUUCUUCUACCUGAUCUGCAGGAGCGAUGCGACGGCUCAAACAACAACCAUUUGUUCCAGUUAUCGAAAAUAUUGGCCGACAAUGAAUGCUAUCAGGGAAAACAAAUGGAGGACUCGAGCCGCAUGGAGGGCAAUAUGGCAAGAAGUCAAAACGUAAACCCAUGGAAUAGAACUGUACACGUACCUAAAAAGUAUUUCAGGGCUAACGAGCCAGCUGCUGAACCACAUAUUGAAACGGCGUCAGUGAAGGCUUUCGAAUUGUCCUCUGACAUGUCAUCGAUUCUACAGAAAAAGUCUCAGAAGAGCAGUAAAUUGAUUAAUAGUGAUGAAUCAGAUGCUUCCGAUUUUGAGGUUGUCGAAAAACGUCGCAGACCAUCAGUCAGUCGCCCUAUAGUAGAGAAAAGAAAUAAGCAUACACAAGUGAAAAUGGUAGACAAACCACCCGUGACCCCUCCACCGCAACCGAAGGACGAAAGACGGUACCGCCGUGCCAUAAAAACAUGCCAUGAAGUUAUUACUGUAAUGAACUUUAAGGAAAACUGGCCAGUCUAUAUAGUGAUCAUGUGUCUUUGCACCAUAACCUAUCUCAUAUAUAAGGUGCAUAUUGAUCUUAUGAAUUAUGGCAACAGUGAACGAUUGUAUGCGAAAAAGAUGAGCACUACCAGUGUGUUAAUGAAAAUUCUCAAAUAUCUCGUGCGUGUGCCACACAAAUCCGAAUGAUCCCAGGCUCUGAUCUAAUAUCAAACUUAGUUCUUUU